GGAAAUCCUAACAAAACGUUUAAGCAGAUGAUCAAUUGCGAAAUCUAUAUAUAUUUCCUCCUACUUCUCGAUCUCCUCACAAAUAAUAAGAAGUAAUUGAAGUGUAUUAUAGUAGCUUCAAUUGAGACGAUCAUGGCGGCGGCCGGGAAGAUGAUAUUUUCGCCGCUUCCCGGUGGAGGGUACGUCCAGCUGCGGGAGGGCUAUUCCAAUUUGGACCUCCUCGCCGCCGUCUGUGUGGCUGAUUGGGAGGCGGAGAACAACCUUAAAAAAUCUUCCUCGCAUGCCGGGAUAUUCCGCGACCGAAUCCGUCGACAGGCGGGUCCCGCCGCGGAUAUCUCGGAGGAAAAGCUGCUGAUAGAGAAGGAGAUAACGGCGAGCGACUUGAGCCGGAACCAAGGCCGGCUGACCCUCCCGGUGAGAAAAAAGAGAGAGGCGGCGUUCUUGACGGCGGAGGAGGAGGGGCGGCUGGCCACGCGCCGGGACGAGAAGGUGGGCUCACUCGACGACGUGGCACUCAUCCCGACCGUCGAUGAUGAGGUGGUGAAGUGUGAGGUGAGCCUGCGGAGAUGGGACUUGGGAGAUGCGAAAGAAGAGCGGGAAUGCCAGCGUGUCAUUCAUCCUCAGCCGCACGUGGAACGAAAUUCAGGAACGUCUUGGCUUGACGGAAGGGACCAAAGUUCAAAUCUGGUCCGUCCGAGUUAACGGCAGAUUGUGGUUGCCCCUCGUACAGCUCCCUUUUAUGUAACAAACACUUAAACCAAAUUACUAGUGGUCCAAAUUAGGGGUGUGACCACAUCGCGUAAUCGGUCGGUGUGGAUUGAACCUUUGCUAAACCCGGAAAUUAUUCAAAAGGUCUCGAGUUAUGAAAAUUAGGGACAAUAACAAAG